AAACCUCUCCGGAGCUGGGGCAGGAGCCAGCAAGGCCACCCGCCGGACACCUCACAGCACAGCAGGGAUUUCCAGAGGAGGCCUCACCCGGCCUCUGCAGCGAGGGUCUCCUGUGCAUGCUGCUACUGCCUCGAGCCGAGAUGCCAGCUGUGCAGCUGCUGCUGCUGGCCUGCCUGGCAUGGGACGUGGGGGCCAGGACGGCUCAGCUCCGGAAGGCCAACGACCGGGCUGGCCGAUGCCAGUACACCUUCAGUGUGGCCAGCCCCAAUGAAUCCAGCUGCCCCGGGGAAGGCCAGGCCCUGGCAGCCAUCCAUGACCUGCAGAGAGACAGCAGCACCCAGCGCACAGACCUGGAGGCCGCCAAAGCCCGGCUCAGCUCCCUGGAGAGCCUCCUCCACCGGCUGAGCCUGGGCCAGGCUGCAGGAGACCAAGAGGGGCUGCAGAGGGAACUGGGAGCCCUGAGGCGGGAGCGGGAUCAGCUGGAAACCCAAGCCAGGGAACUGGAGGCUGCCUAUGGCAACCUCCUCCGAGACAAGUCGGUUCUGGAGGAGGAGAGGAAGCGCCUGGGGCAGGAGAACGAGGAUCUGGCCAGGAGGCUGGAAAGCAGCAGCCAGGAGGUGGCGAGGCUGAGACGAGGCCAGUGUGCCCAGGCCCAGGACACCGCCAGGGACGUGCCAGCAGGCUCCAGGGAAGUUCUUCGAUGGCCUCUGGAUACUUUGGCCUUCCAGGAACUGAAGUCAGAGUUGACUGAAGUUCCCGCCUCCAGAAUCUUGAAGGAGAGCCCUUCGAGUCGUCCCGGGAGUGAAGAGGGAGACCAUGGAUGUGGAGAACUCGUGUGGGUGGGAGAGCCCGUCACCCUGAGGACAGCGGAAUCCAUCGCCGGCAAGUACGGCGUGUGGAUGCGAGACCCCAGGCCCACCACCCCCUCCGCCCGGGAGACCACAUGGAGGAUCGACACGGUGGGCACGGAUGUGCGCCAGGUGUUCGAGUACGCCCACCCCAGCCAGUUUGCACAAGGCUACCCGUCCAAGGUGCACGUGCUGCCCCGAGCCCUGGAGAGCACGGGUGCCGUGGUGUAUGCCGGGAGCCUCUACUUCCAGGGGGCCGAGUCCAGAACUGUGGUCAGAUAUGAGCUGAACACUGAGACGGUGAAAGCGGAGAGGGAGAUCCCUGGGGCCGGCUUCCACGGCCAGUUCCCCUACUCCUGGGGCGGCUACACAGACAUUGACCUGGCUGUGGACGAGGCAGGCCUCUGGGUCAUCUACAGCACCGAGGAGGCCAAGGGUGCCAUCGUCCUCUCCAGACUGAACCCCGAGAGCCUGGAACUCGAGCAGACCUGGGAGACCAACAUCCGCAAGCAGUCGGUGGCCAACGCCUUCAUCAUCUGCGGUACCCUGUACACCGUCAGCAGCUACUCCUCGGCCGAUGCCACCGUCAACUUUGCCUACGACACAGGCACAGGCAGCAGCAAGCCCCUGGCCGUCCCGUUCAAGAACCGCUACAGGUACAGCAGCAUGAUCGACUACAACCCACUGGAGAAGAAGCUCUUCGCCUGGGACAACCUGAACAUGGUCACCUAUGACAUCAGGCUCUCCAAGAUGUGAAGAGCCUCCCGGCUGUCCCAGCAAAGGCAGCGGGAGAGGUCCAGGGCUCCUGG